CUCGGUGAUGCUAAAUCAGAAGGGUGUGUUUGCUCUGGGAAGAUGGAAGUAAAUGGUGGCGUGGUAUCCGCUGCCCUACCCGCUUAGAACUGACCCACUAGACUCCUGGCCAUAGCAGCACACGUACUCAUGGCCUGCGACUUGGCCUCUGCAAGCAUGUGUUCGUUUCUGCCGAGGGCUGUGAUGGGCUUGGCUGAGCAAGGCGGCAGAAUGGCACCACGAUUGGUUUCAAAUACACUCGGAGCUCCAUGUGGAUCCAGCUUGGCUCCCUGUUUAUUUGCCUUCCCAGCCCAACAUGCGCUUAAGAAGAGCAGCUUUGACGGAAGCAGACUCUUCUCGUUGCUGUCGGUCAACCUAAGCAGGGCACCUUUCGUCGCAGCUCCGCACCACCAUCCAUCACAUGAAGAACUUCGAUAUAGUCAUACAGCAGCGAAAUUGUCUGCUGCAGAAAUAUGCUCGCGGACAGACAUCCCCAAUAACAUGAAGCUGCCAGGAAUGCACGCGCAGGGGGUGAGGCGAGGCCAGGCACUCAAGGCUGUUGCCGAAGGGCUCACGGCACAGGAUGCAAGUGCAGGUCUUGAAGAAAAGUAUGAGGCUGUGAUAGGCAUUGAAACGCACGUCCAGCUGAACACCGCCACUAAGGCCUUCUGCCGAUGCCGCAGCCAGUACGGGGCAGAACCAAACACCAAUGUUUGUCCUGUAUGUAUGGGGCUUCCGGGGGCGCUUCCUGUACUCAACGCCCGCGUUCUAGAGUCUGCGGUCAAGCUGGGCCUCGCCCUGCACUGCACCAUCGCCCCUCGCUCCAAGUUUGAUCGGAAGCAGUACUUCUACCCAGACCUUCCAAAAGGCUAUCAGAUCUCCCAGUUCGACAUUCCUGUUGCCCAGUCUGGUUGGGUCGAGGUGGACUUACCCGUUGAGUUUGGUGGUGGCCGCCGACGAUUUGGAGUCACACGAGCGCACUUGGAAGAGGACGCAGGAAAGUCGGUGCAUGGGGGCGGAGGGCGGCUUUCCGGCUCGGGCUUCUCUCAGGUGGACCUUAAUCGGGCCGGAGUACCGUUGAUUGAGAUCGUGUCGGACCCGGACAUGCGGACGGGCCUGGAAGCUGCGGAGUACGGGGCCGAGAUACAGCGGAUCGUGAGGUACCUAGGCAUCAGCAACGGGAACAUGGCGGAGGGGUCGAUGCGCUGCGACGUGAACGUCUCUGUUCGGCCAAGAGGAAGGGAAAGGUUUGGCACCAAGGUGGAGAUCAAAAAUAUGAACUCGUUUUCAGCGAUGCAACGCGCGAUCGACUUCGAGAUUGCCCGCCAGAGCGCGCUGCUAGAAGCGGGAAAGGAUGGCGAGAUCGUUCUGGAAACGCGGCUCUGGGAGGAGGGCGCGCAGAGAACGAUCAGCAUGAGAGUGAAAGAAGGGCUGGCGGACUACCGGUACUUUCCGGAGCCAGAUCUUCCAGAAAUCGAGUUGACUGCGGACUACUUAGAGGACGUCCGCGCGAGCCUUCCCGAGCUGCCGGACGAGAAGCGGCGGCGAUACGCGGCCGCGGGGCUGAGCAUGCAGGAUGUGCUGGUGCUGGCGAACAACAGUGACGUGGCAGCAUAUUUCGAGCGCGUGCUCGGCGCGGGCGCGGACAUCAAGGCGGCCGCCAACUGGAUGAUGGGGGACAUCACGAAAUACUGCAAGGCGGAGAAGAUUCUGAUUACGGACGUAGCGAUGGCGCCCGAGACGCUGGCGGAGCUGAUCGCGCUCAUUGGGGACGGCACAAUCAGCGGCAAGAUCGGCAAGGAGAUCCUGCCGGACCUGCUCAAGGAAGGGGGGGGCGCCAAGCAGCUCGUCGAGAAGAAGGGCCUGCUACAGAUCUCCGAUGACAGCGCGGUAGAGGCUCUGGUCGACGAAGUGCUCGCGGCCCAUCCGAAAGAGUUGGAGUUGUUCCGAGGGGGAAAGAAGAAGCUGCAGGGCUUCUUCACCGGUCAGGUGAUGAAAAAAUCAGGGGGCCGAGUAAACCCCGCAUUGAUGCAGAAGGUCCUUGCCGCGAAGCUCAAUGGUCAAUAACGUCUCAUCCUGGCCAGAAGGGAGCCUUAAUGUCGAUUGCACAUCUCUAACAAAUACAAAAACCC